UUCAUAAACAUAUUUGAUCGAUUAACGGAACGUUGAUUGGUUUGACUUUUCUUAUAACUAAUUUUUACAAUAAGUUGUAUUUUGCAUAAGUUAAUAGCUGAAAUCACAAUGGACGAUUUGCAACCAGAAAACUCAGCAUCAAUUAAUGUCGUCAGUUUACGUCCGAAGCAUAUUUAUGGACUACGAACUGAUAUUUUGGGGAAUAUACAUUUCAACCUUCAACAAGAGGUCAUUUAUCCGGUGGAAGGAGUUAUUGCCUUUCAUGAUUUUGUACAAAAUAAGCAGAGAUUUCUUAGAUUCCCCGAAGAUACAACACCCUUGAUUGUACAACUUAGUCCUCAUCGCAAAAUGCUGGCAAUAUUGGAACAAUCAAAAGGCAUAAAAACUAUUUCCAUUUACGAUUUAAAUACGUUGAAGAAAAGGCGUACGUUGGAAUUGCCGGAAACUUGUAAAAGUGCAGCUAUGCAACAAAUAAUCUUUACGGCCGAUUCUAAAGCAUUGGCAGUUCUUACCAAACACCCUGAUGAAAUGUUGUACAUGUUGGUACUGGAUAAAGCUUGUACAGUUUAUGAGGGUCGUUCAUGUCCGCCUAAUAUUCGCGGAAGUGCAGAUUGUAUAGCGUGUAAUCCCCAAGACACAAGUCUUAUAGCCGUUGGAGGUAAUAAUCUCCUGCUGCUAUUGACAAAAUCCGAAAAAGGAUUCAAUACAACGAACAAUCUGAAAUCGAACUUUGUCACCACAUCCCUCGCUUUCCUAGCCAUGGAUCUACUUAUGGUCGGUACUAGUUUGGAUGAAUUAGUUUUAUUGGAAAAUGGAGAGUUUAAAUUGCGCCAGAAAGCUACGGAUGCCGAAAUAUUCGAUCUUCUUCUGGACCAGGAAGCAUUCGAUCGUGAAAAUGAUCAGCACAAGUCUGUGGCAACCGAAAAGCUUUUCGACUCACGAGUCGUCUGUAUGACAGCCUUUGGACGUGGCUUUGCUUUUGCAAUUUUCAAUACUGUCUAUGUAUUCGAGCGGGUUUCAAAAUUUAAAUUUGAACGCAAGACAGUGCUAACCAUACCCAUUACAAUCUAUGCCGAACCAUUAUACCAAAUCACAAACCUGGCGAUUGACAACAAACAGGAAACUGUUAUUGUUACAACGAAACACUCUCAAAUAUAUGUUGGCAUUUUAAUAGUUCCGGAAACAUUAAAAGCAAAGCAGUUGAAAUUUCAAACUCUGGGUGCUUCAAUACACAUUGGAGAAAUUGUAGAUAUAUCUUUAUGCUCCUGGAAACCUAUAAUAAUGACAGCAUCUAGGGAUCAAACUGUACGGAUCUGGAACUAUGAGACCGAUAAAGUUGAAUUGGUGCGAAAAUUUCAGGUAGAUGUAAAUAUAGUAGAAUUAAACUCGACUGGUCUAAUAGCGGCCAUAGGAUUUUCUGAUCAAUUGCGCAUAACUCAAAUAUUUAUGGAUGAACUCAACAUUGUUAAAACGUAUAACUUUCCAAGGUGUAGAGACGUUAAGUACUCCAACUAUGGCCAUUUGAUGGCGGCUGCUUACGAUAGCAGCAUUGCAAUAACCUCAGUAUACAACUUGGAGGUAUUGGUGACAUUGAAGGGCCACAACGGCAUUGUGUUAUCAGUGUCGUGGACAAAGAAUGACAAAUAUUUGAUAUCGGGUGGAAAUGAAGGAGCCAUUUAUCAGUGGGAUGUUGAAACGGGUAUGCGCCUUCAAGAAAUCGUACAAAAGGGUACCGAGUAUGUGUCAGUAUGUUCUACUUUUAAUGAACCUUUAUCCAUAUUUGGUGCUACCAAUUCAGGUUUAUUGAGAGAAUUUCAAAAGUCGGAAAUUGUUCGUGAACUAACCAUACCAUCAACAGCAAAGGCAAAGCUAACAGAUGUUUGUCUUGCCCGCUCCGAUGCAAUAAUGUUUGUUAGUAAUGAAAUGGGCGAUUUGAUUAAUGUUCAAUUGCCGUUUUUGGAUGCUGGUGGCGGUACUUGUACCAAUUUUCGUUUUUUUGUAACUCGCAUUAACAAGUUGCGGUUUUCAUAUGACGGCACCUUGUUGAUUGCCAUUUCCAAAGGAGGUACACUGGCAAUAUGGGCAUUGGAAAACAUUGAAGGUAAAGUGGCUGGCAUGGACCAAGAUUUGCUUCGAAGUCAGGAGGUUUUAAUACCUCGCAAUAUAUUGGCAGAAAAAAAUGAGCAAAUCAUAAACUUGGAAAUUCGCCUGAAACAACAAGCCGAAGAAUUCCAAUACCAACUGAGCCAAAACGAAAUAUUCGAUGGCCAACAAAUGGCCGAGGUGCACCGAAGUUAUUGUCAAGCUCUUGAGGAACUGAAACGCAUGAAUAACGAGAUUGAGGAGCGACACACUGAAGAAAUGAAUCAGAUAACAUUCCAAAUCAAUGAUCUUAAAGAAGAGCACAAAAAACAACUGGACAAUUUGUCCACUCAAUAUUCGGAACGUAUGUUAAUCGAAUAUCAGAAAUUUACCAACUUGCGUGAAAGCAUGUUGGAGUUGCGGGAGAGUUAUGAGGAGAAACUUAAGACAUCAGCAGGAACUUUGCAAGACACCAUUGAGGGUCUGGAAAGCGAUUACAAGAAACAAUUAGAUGAGCGAAAAGAGCUAAUAAGAGAACUGAUGAAAGAAAUGCAAGAUAAAAAAAUCGAAUUUGUUGAAUACUGCCGUCAGGUUGAGGUGGAAAACGAUCGGAAUAUGGUUGAGACGCAACUACAAUAUGAAAAGCGCUUAACGACAGAGCGCAACGAGACUCAACUGUGGCGCGGUAAAGCGGGAGUUUUGCAAAAGAAAUACGAAAGUCUCACCAAAGACGUCGACAACUUGCUCGAAGAAGUUGAAACAUUGAAGGAAGAGCACAAUAAAUCGCAGAGAACUAUUGGGCGCCUAAAUCGUAGUAUAGAAGAUCUACAAAAGGAUAUAUCGGAUCGCGAAUAUGCAAUUAAUGCGAAAGAGAAGCGCAUACAAGAACUCUUACAUAAAAACCAAGAAUUGGACAAAUAUAAGCAGGUGCUUAAUCACAAAAUCGCUGAACUAAAAGCCCAAAUAGAACCUAGAGAAUUUCAAAUUAAUGAUAAACGCAAACACAUAAUGGAAAUGGAGACCGAAUUGGCAGGUCUCAAUCAAAACAAUUGUCAUUUGGAAUUACAACUAAAAGAACUGAAAGACAAAUACGUCAGCAAUGUGGCUGAACUUAAAUUGGAGAGACACCGAGCCCGUGCUGGUCGUGAAUGUAUACAAAAUCUUCGUAGUGAAAUUUACAAUGUAGCUGGUCUCAUAAACUCUCCCGACAAACUAAAAGUGGCUGUGAAGGAGCUAUUUCAACGCCAUACUACUGAUGAUGAACUCAAGCGUUUUAUAUCUCUCGAUGCCAAUGUACGUGAUGAAUUUCAACGUCAGAGAAAUCAAAUUGAACGAGUUAUGAAAAUAUAUACAAAUCGCAAAGAUGAUCAAAAUCUAAAACAUAAAUACGAUAAGCUCUUCAAAGAAAACCUAAUUCUUUUAGAUGAAAUAGAAAAAAUGCGUGAAGAAAAUAAGGUCUUAAGAUCUCAUGUGAAGCGAGAAAUUAAUGUUAAGAAAGUCAAGAAAACAACUUUGUCAAAGAAUAGUUCAAAAAUACAUGUCCAAGAAAUUCAAUCUAACGAAAAUCAAGUAUCCAUGAGAGAUUAUCGGGAGUUUAGCGAAUACCUAGAGGAGGCUGUAGGCGGUAUAACAAAUGUACCUAAUGAAAUAUCAAAUAAAUUCAAUACCGAUAUCCAAAAAGUUGAUGAUGGUGAUUCAGGAGAUUUACCAAAAUAUGAUCAGGAAUUUGAGAAUCAUUAGACGGACAAUUGAAAUUUGCAUAUUUCGUACUAAGUUCUUUAUUUUAAAAAUUAUAUUUUUGUUUAAAAUUGUAUGUUUAUACAUUUUAUGAAAUAUUUGAAAAAAAUUAAUUUUUUAUCA